AUGGACGCCACAUUAGAAGUUAUGCCUACAUUACAACCCACGAUUGAGCGCAAGCCAAUCAACUUUGGUAACAUUGCUCUUGGUGCCGCUCUCAAUUUGUUUGAGGUGACUACUCUUGGCCAGCCGUUUGAGGUUGUCAAGACGACGAUGGCCGCAAACCGAGGCGAUAGAUUCCCGCAGGCGAUUGCCCGAAUCUGGGGCCGCGGUGGUAUCUUUGGCUUCUGGCAGGGUCUUAUUCCCUGGGCCUGGAUCGAGGCCUCGACAAAGGGCGCGGUUCUGCUGUUCACAUCAAGCGAGGUCGAAUACUACUCAAAAGUCGCCGGCGCAAACAAUUUCGUCUCAGGAAUGGCCGGCGGUAUGGUAGGCGGUGUUGCUCAAGCAUAUCUGAGUGUUGGUUUCUGUACGUGCAUGAAGACUGUCGAGAUCACGCGUCAAAAGCAAGCUGCUGUUGGUGUCACGCCGCCAUCGACCUUCCGAGUGUUUCUGGAUAUUUAUCAGAAAGAAGGAAUCCGCGGAAUUAACAAGGGUGUCAAUGCCGUAGCUGUGCGUCAAUGCACCAACUGGGGUUCCCGUUUCGGUAUCUCCCGCUUAGCUGAAGAUGCCAUCCGCAAGGCCACCGGAAAAACCUCAUCCGAUCAGGGCACUCCCUCACUUAGUGCAGGUGAAAAGGUUCUGGCUUCUGCCAUCGGUGGUGGUCUCUCCACGUGGAAUCAGCCUAUCGAAGUGGCUCGAAUUGAAAUGCAAUCCCGCACUGAGGACCCAAACCGGCCCAAAAAACUUACCACCGGCUCGGCUAUUCGCUACAUCUACUCCCAGAACGGUUUGAAGGGUCUAUACCGCGGUGUCACUCCCCGUAUUGGUCUAGGCGUGUGGCAAACUAUCUGUAUGGUUGCUUUUGGUGAUAUUGCCAAAGAAUGGAUCUCGAAAAUUACCCAUGAAAAACCAACAGGCCACUAA